UGUUUACCAGCGGUUCCUAGCAACUAACAGAUCGGUGUUGGGGAAUCAGAGAGAGGCCGUUCCAGUGGAAACAGGUAGCCAUUUUAGGCGUAAAACAAGGAUUCCUACGACGCUUGUUCGUUUAGACGCGUCCAGAUCGCUAUUUUGGUUGGUAUAGAGUACAUACAGCGGCAUUUUGUGUAUAUUUAGGGCACAGACACGCUAAAAUAACGAGAGUUCACCAUGAGUACGAAGGGUUCCAAAUCGGGAACUCCGGAGCCGCAGAACAAUGCCAACCUUCAGAGAGAGAUGGAGAUCCAAAACGCCAAAUCUUACAUGCUCAAGGCUAGCACCAACACAGGACUCAAUCUAUAUGACCAUCUCAGCAGAGUUCUCACAAAGGUUCUAGAUGAGAGACCAGAAAAUGUUGUUGAUAUCAUUGAAGACAUCAGCAAAGAGGCAAAGAGGUCCAAGUUUGUGUACAAGGGAGACACAGUCAGAGAUGAGUUUGACAAGACUACAGAGGUGGCACUGGCAGAGACACACAAAAUGCUGUUUGAGAAAGGAGAAGGUGAAGGUGGUGAGCCCGAGGCAGAGGAAGAAGUGGAGACCCCCCUCCCCAACAUCAUGGAGCUUUCAUAUUACUUUGAACAGGCUGGGAUUGGCCUGAGCAGGGAGGAGUGCUUCCGCAUCUUCCUGGCCCUGAAGCAGCUGGUGGACACCCGCCCCCUGCAGACUGUCCGCUUCUGGGGCAAAGUGCUGGGCACAGAGAUGAACUACAUCAUUGCAGAGGUGGAGUACCGGGAGGGCGAGGAGGAGGAGGAAGAAGAAGAGGAGGGAGAAGAUAAGGAUGAGGAGAAGGAUGAAGAACCACAAGAUGAGGAAGAGGGUGAGGGAGAGGAGGAUGACAUCCCUAAGCCUGACUACAAGCCCCCACCCGUCAUCCCUAAGGAGGAGAAUAGGGCAGGAGCCAACAAGAAAGUCUACUUUGUCUGCAAUGAAGCUGGGAAGGAAUGGGUAAAGCUCCCCCCAGUCACACCAGCCCAGCUUGCUGUGGCCAGGAAGAUCAAGAAGUUCCUGACUGGCAGAUUAGAAGCACCUAUCAUCAGCUACCCGCCAUUCCCAGGCAACGAGUCUAACUACCUGCGAGCACAGAUCGCACGUAUCUCAGCUGGUACCCAGGUCAGCCCCCUGGGCUUCUUCCAGUUUGAUGAGGAAGAAGAGGAGCAGGAGGAGGGAGAGGAGGCCCGUGACACCUAUGUGGAGAACCCUGACUUUGAGCCUGUGCCCGUGCGGGACCUGACAGACCCCUCCCUGGCCAACUGGGUGCACCACGUGCAGCACAUCCUGCCCCAGGGCCGCUGCACCUGGUUCAACCCCGUCCAGAAACAGGAGGAUGAAUUUGAAGAUGAGGAGGAUGAGGAGGAGAAGGAGGAGCCAGAUGAGCCGGAGCCUGAAGUUGGACCACCUCUCCUCACACCUGUGUCUGAGGAUGUUGAAAUCGACGGCAUGCCGCCAUGGACAGCCAAGGUCUCGUCUCACCUCGUGCCUCAGUAUGCCAUCGCUGUGGUGAGGUCCAACCUCUGGCCUGGAUCGGUUGCUUUCUGCCAUGGCAGGAGGUUUGAGAACAUCUAUGUCGGCUGGGGCCACAAGUACGCCAGCGAGAACUACAGCCCGCCACCACCUCCCCCAGUCCAGGAGGAGUUCCCCAGCGGACCGGAGAUCACGGAGAUCGAUGACCCCACAGUGGAGGAGGAGGCGGCCCUGAAGGCAGCCAAGGAGGAGCAUCUGGGAGAGGCUGAGGAGAUGGAGGAUGUAGAGGACGAGGAUGAAGACGAUGAUUAGGGGACCAUCUUAGAUGGGGGGAGGGAUAGAUUCUGAUCAUAUUUUAUGGGUCAAUGUUUUACCAUGUAUUCUAAUUUUCACCUUGACUGUAUAACUUAAGCAUGUUGAUUUGUCCUCCUCGGUAAACAGGCUAACAAAUUCCAGUGCCUUUGAUGAAUUCUAGACAAGGCCUUAAAUAAGCAGAUCGUUGUUUGAACUGCUACUCAUCUCAAGCAAUAGUCCAGUUUUAUGUCUAAUGUUAAUUCGGCAAAGAAGCCAAAGUUUUAUCAGGCUAUGGCAAAGAUGUAGAUUUUGCUACUUUUAUCAGCCUUGAAAAUGUCCAGAAACAGCCAAGUUGAAAAGGUGGGAUUUUGUGUACAUAUAUCUAGGAUUGUUGACUCACUGUUUUGUACAUAUAGAGGUAUAUUGUGGUUGUAAUGAAUUCUGAUUCAGGAGAUUCCCCACAAAAUUUUCUGAUCCUCCUAGAACACUGUUUUUGCAUUUAUUUCCUCAAUAAAAUCUUGUGAAGUUA